AUGUCGACAUCUCAUGUAUUUAGACGUCUAAACAGUAAUUUGGCCGCUAGACAACCAAUCGAUAACUAUUUUACUUAUUUUAAGACUCAAGUCACCUUACGACCAUUAAUAUAUCGUCAACGUAAUGCAAACACAUUGUUAGCAAUGGAUUUACAAGAUCCUGAAACUAAACAACAAGUGAAACCAAAGAAUGCCAUUGCAUCCGUACCAAAACAAAAUCUUAUUGAUUAUGUGAAAUCUAUCCCUAAUGGUUCAAAUGAAUUUUUUGAAUGGCUAAAGCCUUGGAUGAAAUUAACCACUAGAAAGAAAGAAAUCUACCAAUAUUUCACUGCAAGACAUUUACAAACAAUGUUAAUUCAAUCAUGCUAUAUUAUUGGAGAUUAUACAAGAAUGGUUGGUUACCUAUAUGUUCAAAGACCACGUUUUAUUCAAGCUAAAAACUCAAAUAUUUACGAUGUUGAUCAUUUUUUUAAUACUCUACUGAUGUGUUCUUUACAAAGAGGUUCAAUACUAGAAUUUAAUGACCCAUCGAUCGCUUAUAAGAAAGUUCAACAGAUGUGGUCAAAUACUGUGAACAAACAACAAACAAAUGGUUUAACAUCGUUAUUAGUAAAUUGUUACGCCAAACAACAAGGGUUUGAAACUCAAGGGUUAAAUCAAGGGUUAAAUCAAAUUGAGGUCAAUUUACCUUCUUUAGAGCCAACUAACAUGGAAAAUGAAUCACAUGAAAAUUUAUUAAAUGGCAAUGAAUCACUAUACAUGAUUUGCAGAACUAUAUUAGACUACUCCCCAGAACAAAACGUUGAAAUCACAAGAUUCGUGAAUGAGUACAAAGCUUUGGGUAACAAAGCUGGUAAAACUACCGAUAUAUAUGAUGAAUACGUUGUUUCAAUGAAGAAAAUCUGGACUGCUAAGAAAGAAGAACGUACGGCAAGAGAUGGUGAAAAGCCAGUUGAACAAGAACAAGACAGUACAACCACUAAAGAAUAA